AAGGGGCAGCAGAGGAUAAACAGGGCUGCAGCGGGGGCUUAGGCCGAGAGCUCUUCAGUUCUCUCACCAGGACUACUUCGUCCAGAGCUUGUCGGGAAGGUACAACUUCCGCGCAGAGGUGAAGUGGAGAAGGAAGGAGUUUCAGUUUAGCUUCAAUUUCAGUCUAGGAUCCAGAUACCCCACAGCACCUCCUCUGAGCGCUGGGGUGCCAGAGAAGAUCCAGGGACCGGCCUUGCCAGCACUGCCUCUGGUGGUAAGAGUCAUGAACCCAGGGUCUCUGCUGCCAUACCACACAGCCCACACCUACCACACAGCCCACACCCGAGCCGUAGGAGGGAGCAUGUUCAACCUCCCCGUGGGCAAACUACCGCGACAACUAUAGGAGGGAGGGGAAUAUGACAUCUUCAAGCCCGCGCCUGUAUUUGAGAGUGACUUCAUACAGAUUAAUAAACGUGGUGAAAUCAUCGAUGUGCACAAACGGGUAGUGUUGACAGUGGGCAUCGCGACCACCAGCCCCAUCCUCCUCAUGCUGCUGGCCCUACCGGCAGCCCACUGUGACGAGCAUGGCGGGUGCGGCCAGGCCACCAAGGGAAAAGGCUGCAAGGCUAGGAAGACCUUAGAGCUCACCAGGCUCAUCCCCUUGAAGUUUGUGAGGAUCUCGAUUCACGACCACCAGAAUCAACAGCUGCGCCUGAAGGUCACGACUGGCAGGAAGUGCUACUUGCAACUAUAGGACGCGCCGGAAGACCUGUUCGCCUAAUGGGAAGAGCUCGUUGACCUCCUGCGACCACCCUUGCCUACCUGCAGCGGCACCUACAUCGUCCCGACCCAGGGAACGGACAUACUUUGGUUGUCUAUGUUUGAGGAGAAGGACAGGAGGAGUCCAUCGGAGGAAGAUUGCCAAGUACAGUGGGAUCCGAACGAGGUCAGCAUCAGAUUCAUCGACGAGAUGUUCGAGACGUUCGACGAGGAUGAGGCCAACUCUGCAGCGUUUGCAGGUGGGGAGGGGACCCGUUAGGACUCCCACAAACCCGGUGUAGCCGCAGCCAAGCCCAAACUUGUAGAGCUCAACGGGGAGUCGGCGGCAGGGUCACACCUAGAGCUGGCAGUGGCGGCGGCAGCGGGGGAGGUGGCCGGGGCGACAGCGGUGGUGAUAGGAGGGACGGCUGCGGGGUACGGCCUCGGGUACGCAGCAGGGAUCGCAGAGGGCACCGUGGCAGGUGCUUUGAGCCUGGCCGUAACCAAGUCAGCCGUGCCCGAUCAGGUAGGCAUGGCCUUAGCAGGUGCAGCAACCAAGGGGCCCGGAGGAAGUGGAACCAUGGCGGGCACCGCCAAUCUGUCCCCGCAGAGCAGGAACGUUGCCGUGGCAGGUGCGGAGAAGAACCCCAGGUUUACUUCCGACUUGCUCACCAGCCUCCCCAGGGGGGCCAGCAGGACUGUGAAGUUCACAGGAACAGAGCGCGCCCGCAAAACUGUGGCGGGUAACGCGCGGAGGGAAGCGGAGAGCGCAGGCGCGGCGGCGGAGCAGGCGGGAAAGCAGUCCCGCGAGGGCCGGCGGGAGCUCAGGAAGCACAAGGAGCCAACCUUCCCCGGCUCCAGUCCAGGCAGCUCAGCCGACAGCCACCACGAGGCGGGGGUGACAAGAGCAACCAGUAAACCGCUAUUCGGUUCCCAGCCGGCCAGAGAGCCCACGAGGGAGGACAAGGACCAGUCCCUCGACAGCCAUGGGGGUGGCAGCCGCGCGCCCCACCCCAAGGAUUCCAGGGCAUCCCACAAACCUGGGCUGAGCUCCACAGGCGGCUCCGGGUUGGCCAAGAAGCUGGGCAAGAUACACUUGUUCCUCAGGAACGUCAAAUCUAACCCUACUACCAGGACCACGCAGCAGAGACGUGGAUGUGCUCAUGAAACCCGUGGACAGGACCGGGAUGGGGCCAUGAUCCAGGCCUCGGAGAACUGCCAGGGCCUGGGAAGUGCAGGAAGUCGGACAACUGAUGACAUGGAGACCUUCGAAUCCCAUUAGGAGGGCUUUCCUCACAAACGUUUAAAUAAACAACCAUAUAAUUUGAGAA